CGUUUCGUUUCACCCGUGGUAGAAACAUAUGUGCGAGAUGUCGGGAGAAACGAGCCACGAAGUCUUCACUUCUUCGAGGGAAUUCUGCCCUCAAUGUGGGUCUAUCUUACCAUUUCCCAAACCGGGAACAUUGCUCAUGAAGUGCAGUUUAUGCCCGUAUGGAGUGGAUUCUAGAACUGCCCUACAUGACAUCGUCUACCAUUCCUAUCUUCGGCUCAACACCCGCAAAAAGGUCAGAGGUCAGGCAGAGGUCACCACCGAGAAAGACCUGGGACCGCUAAUUGACAGGGCUUGUGCCAAGUGUGGCCAUGACGGUCUCCAUUUCCACACCAGGCAGACGAGAUCAGCGGAUGAGGGCCAGACUGUCUUCUAUUUCUGCCCGUCAUGCAAACAUCAAGAGAUUGAGUACUCAUGAGAUGCUCCCGACGGUCCCCGGGGAAAGGAUCACAAUAUGGAAGAGUGGAAGCUGACAUUCUUGCUAGACAGAGGGGGAACUUUGACCCAGCGACCGACUGGUGGAAUACUGACUCUGAUGUUUGGUGCAUCGUCGCGUGUUUAGCUGCCGGGAAAAUGUGGCCAUCCUGAUGUCAGUGCAUGCUUCAGCCAAGGGGAAGGUCCAGUGAAGAACUGUGGCUAGCCACGAUGGAAUUGACUAGCACGGAGUGCAAGGCCAUGUCUGAAACGGGCUUCCAGAGCUUUGGCUAACCUCUAUUAACAAUAUGCUUCUGCAUAUUUCCCAUAGAGCGAAGACGUAGACCAAGCUGGUUGUUGGACUUGACGAUGGUUCGGUCUAGCCAAGCUGGUCCCAUUGUUGGCUUAUCUGGGCUUCGUUAGUCUGGUUCCCUAAUGUCUCCGAGAGAGUUUCUGCCAGGAUUGAAAUGUCAGGCCCUCGAAUAUUUUGAUUUAUAUAUUGAGUAUACAUUUUGUUUCAGCAUUUAAAAAAUAUUUUCUUUGCUUCAAAUCAAUUCCCUGUACUCUCUCCACAAUCCUUUGAGGCAUCAUCACCAGUUAUUCAGCAUUACAUGUUAAAUGACUGAUUGGAGAUGAAAAAAAGGACACUGCUCAUCAUUAUUUGAAGGACAAUGCAACUUGGGGGACGUGGUGAUGGUAGAAAAUUUUUGGACAGUUGGAAGCGUGCAAACAGGUGGUUGUCCCACUGGAAAUAAUUAGAAUUUUUACCCCUUCCCUAUCGUUUUUGUGAGCAUUAUAUAGAAACAUGGUAUUAAAAGAUAUUGACUGAAUAUCAGACAUGGAAGUAUCAUUGAAA